GCCAUGGCCUCCGCCGGCAGCGCCGAGCCCGAGCGCCCGCGCCCCAAGCCCUUCCUCAUCGGCGUCAGCGGCGGCACGGCCAGCGGCAAGUCCACAGUCUGCGAGAAGAUCAUGGAGCUGCUGGGGCAGAAGGAGGUGGACCACCGGCAGCGGAAGGUGCUGAUCCUCAGCCAGGACAGCUUCUACCAGGUGCUCACGGCCGAGCAGCAGGCCAAGGCGCUGCGGGGACAGUACAACUUCGACCACCCAGAUGCUUUUGAUAACGAUUUGAUGCACACAACCCUGAAAAAUAUCAUUGAGGGCAAGACGGUUGAGGUACCAACGUAUGACUUCGUGACCCAUUCCAGGCUGGCAGAGACGACAGUGGUCUAUCCUGCUGACGUUGUCCUCUUUGAGGGGAUCCUGGUUUUCUACAAUCAAGACAUUCGGGACAUGUUCCACCUGCGUCUGUUUGUGGACACGGAUUCCGACGUCCGGCUGUCCCACAGAGUUCUGCGAGAUAUGAAACGUGGGAGAGACCUUGAGCAGAUCCUCACCCAGUACACCACCUUCGUCAAGCCUGCCUUCGAGGAGUUCUGCUUGCCGACAAAGAAGUAUGCAGAUGUGAUCAUCCCCCGAGGAGUCGACAACAUGGUGGCCAUAAACCUCAUAGUGCAGCACAUUCAGGACAUCCUGAACGGAGACAUCUGCAAGUGGCAGCGAGGGGCCGUCAACGGGCAGGGCCGGAGCUCGAAGCGGCCGUUCCCCGAGGCCGCGGAGGGCAGCAGCGCGCUGGCGGCCGGCAAACGCUCCCACCUCGAGUCCAGCAGCCGCCCACACUGACCCCCACGGACCCGCCGCUGCUCCAGACCGCCUUUGGGAAAGAACUUCAACAGAAAUGGUUGGUGAAGCGCCCUUUACAUCACCCUGGCGGCGGAGGGGAUGCUGCUGUGAAGCGGAGGGCAGAGGGAGGGCUUGGCCCGCCGGGCCUCUGCCCUCCCAAGCCCCGCGGUGUCAGGAGUUCUGGUGUUACCUGAGGAACUGGCCAAAGGCAGAGCCACUUGGCUCUCUUUAACUUUCAAAAUGAGAUCUAAUGCCAAUCGAAGUGCUGCCAGGUCCUUAGCAAGGUGCCCCAGUUCCCUGACCACCAUCUCCCUCAGCAGGAAAUGUAUCUGCCUGUUGUUUUCUCAAAAGAGAAAGCAGUCUGUGUCCAGGACUAGCUCACUCUGCUCCUUUGCACAGGCAGGUGCAGUGCUUGCUCUUUUCCAGCCUGUUGGCUCCUCCAGCUCUGCUCUCCUGCUGGCCAGUUUCCUUUUUACCCAGUAGCAGCCUCUGGAGACUGAAUUGACCAAGCUAGAGAGGAAUCUGCCCUGAGACAGAGAUGAGACAGAGACUGAUGACUUGUAGUUCAUCAGGGGGGACAAGCCCAAGAAGUCGUGUGAUUCUGGUUCCUAAUUUAUUCCUUUCUGAGCUCCCAAAACUUGCUACCCUGUCUGAUUAUCUUUUUGUACCCAAAUCGUUUCGUUUCCCACAGAUAUUGAAUGUUGUGAGCUCCAACUGGGUUGAGCUGCUCACAGAAACAGAAACCUGACCUUGUCAGUAUUCAUGUCUUUUAGGACAUUUCCAUAGUGCUGGUGGCAGAUUCUGCUGGGCAGAAUCCCUCCACUUCCAGAGGUGAGUGAUGAGAUCAGCAGGGGAGACGGCCCAAGUUUAUAACCUCUCCCUUCUGAUGGCACAAACAGCUCACCCAGACAGGCUCAGAGCACUCACCUUGCACUCAGGCAGUUUAAACUCCACAAUGUCUGUCUGUUCUAAGAGCAGACAAGAGGCUGGCAGUAGAAGCAGUGACAUCCCAGUUUGUGAUGUUUAGCCCAGGUCAGUGAUACUGCAGCCACAGUUCUGGGGAGGGGGUGGAAAUAAUCUGAAAUGAAACACUGGCUGGGCCUUUGAAAAUGUCCUUGUGGUGUCUUUCCUGGGUCUGGACCCUAUGGUGUGAUUUUGAGAAUGGGUGGGGUGGGAAAUAUUAUAAAGAGGAACUUUUUGAUAUUUGCUAGUUUUUUAAAAGCAGGGUCUGGCUGUUGGGUGUGUGACUUUGGCUAAUAAACAAAUGAGCAGUGAGCAGAAAGGA